AUGGCGAGUCCAACAACCGCCUCGGCGGCCAGUUCCAAACCUUCCUCAGUCAAGUCGGACGGCAAAAAAUCGCCGCGUUUGACCCCGCAGAAUGGCCAGCCCAUUACGAACGGCAAUUCGUCCAACGAGGCCCUGCCGAAACCUGCCGAAAAGUCUUCUAUGAAGGACAAGCUCACGCGCAUGUUCUCCACGAAAGACGUCACCAGAAACGCUAUUGAGGUUCCCUCUCGCCCGCGCGGUUCCAGCUUUAAUGAGAGCACGAAACCCCAACCCCCCAGCAGGAAACCGUCAACAACAACCGCAGAAAAAGUCCCCGAAAAGAACAACGUCAAACCGCCCAAAACGCCUGCAAAGGACCUCCACCGAUUCAUGGUCAACCCCGAGGCGCAGGGUGGCCACGAGCACCACCUCAAGUCAAGUCGUAGGCAAGAGAAGCUCUCAGACAUGUGGCGCACCCUCAUCGGGAAGAAGCAAGACCAACCCGAAAAUGACCUCUCCCUCGUUUCCAACUGGGUAGAUACCCUCAAGGCAGAGAGGGAAGAUAUGGCUGGCGACAAGAAGAACGGCCCCAAUGCGACCACCACCCUGGUCGAGAAAUAUGGCAAAUGCCAGGAAGUCGUUGGCCGUGGUGCCUUUGGAAUUGUCAGGAUAUCCCAUAAGAAGAUUGAGAACGGCAACGAAAAGCUGUUCGCCGUCAAGGAAUUCCGUCGCCGACCCGAAGAGACCGAGAAGAAGUACAGCAAGAGACUGACCGCCGAGUUCUGCAUUUCCUCUUCCCUUCGCCAUCCGAACGUCAUCCACACCCUCGACUUGCUCAAGGACGCCAAGGGAGACUACUGCGAAGUCAUGGAGUUUUGUGCAGGUGGUGACUUGUACACGCUCGUAUUAUCGGCCGGCAAGCUCGAGGUCCAGGAGGCCGACUGCUAUUUCAAGCAAAUGAUGCGUGGUGUCGAGUACUUGCACGAGAUGGGUGUCGCUCACCGCGAUCUCAAGCCCGAGAACUUGUUGCUCACCACCCGUGGCGGCCUCAAGAUCACCGAUUUCGGCAACGGCGAAUGCUUCCGAAUGGCCUGGGAGACAGAUCCCCACAUGGUCUCCGGUCUCUGCGGUUCAGCCCCCUACAUCGCACCCGAAGAGUACACUGAUAAGGAAUUUGAUGCUCGUGCUGUCGACGUUUGGGCCUGCGGUGUCAUCUACAUGGCUAUGCGUACUGGUCGCCACCUCUGGCGCGUCGCCCGCAAGGACGAGGACGAGUUUUACGCCAGGUACUUGGAGGGCCGCCGUGACGAAGAGGGGUAUGGACCGAUCGAGUCUUUGCAUAGAGCGCGCUGUAGGAAUGUCAUCUACUCCAUUCUCGACCCUAAUCCUACCCGACGCAUCACGGCCUCCCAGGUCCUCAAGUCCGAAUGGGGCCGUGAGAUCAAGCUCUGCAAGGCCGGCGAAGAGGGUCUCUGA